CACAAGACAUCUGGACCACCCUCGACAGUGCAUCACCUUCCCCAAUAUCGUAUUCUUCACCACCAUCAUCACCACCAUCAUCAUCAAUCAUAUCACCACCACCAUCAUCACCAUCAUCACCACCACCAUGAUCAUCAACACCAUCAUCAUCAUCACCACCACCAUCAUCACCACCACCAUCAUCAUCACCACCACCAUCAUCAUCAUCACCACCAUCAUCACCAUCAUCACCACCAUCAUCACCACUACCAUCAUCACCAUCAUCACCAUCACCACCAUCAUCACCACCAUCAUCACCAUCAUCAUCACCAUCAUCAUCACCAUCACUACCAUCAUCACCAUCAUCAUCACCAUCACUACCAUCAUCACCAUCACUACCAUCAUCACCAUCAUCAUCACCAUCGCCACCAUCAUCACCAUCAUCAUCACCAUCACUACCAUCAUCACCAUCAUCAUCACCAUCACCACCAUCAUCACCAUCAUCAUCACCAUCAUCACCAUUAUCAUCACCAUCACUACCAUCAUCAUCACCACCAUCAUCACCAUCACUACCAUCAUCACCAUCAUCAUCAUCACCAUCAUCACUAUCACCACCAUCAUCAUCACCAUCAUCAUCACCAUUAUCAUCACCAUCACCACCAUCAUCACCAUCACUACCAUCAUCACCAUCAUCACCAGUGUUGCCGUUUGCCCAUUGGAGGUCCUGAGCGGAAAUUUAAUUUUGGGUUGACACCGCCCCCCCCCCCCCCCAAACUGUUCAAUGAGUAA